UGUCUUUUGUACAGCACACACUCCUGACAUCUGGGUGGGGGUCCUGUCUUUUGGCAACAGCAGCUAAUUUCACAAGCAUGAAUGAAAGUGACUGUUGUCCUUCUGGCGCUCUGAUUGGCUGCCUAGUGUGGGAAACUCGGAACUGCUAGGCACACAUGCACUAAGUUGCAGAACUGGGACUAUAAAUAUGAGCUAGCUCAGGCUUGUAGCUAAAUAUCUUUCUACACUGACAAACAAAGUGACACCAUGGAUGUCAAUGGUGUUGCCCUAUUCACAGCCAAAGAAUACCCAGAAGAUAAACUCACUACUAAAGAGAAAAAUCGGAUAAGGAAACCAGUGGUGGAGAAGAUGCGUAGGGAUCGGAUUAAUCUCAGCAUCAAUCAGUUGCGAAAACUAUUGGAACAGGAAUUCCAGCUUCUCCAACCAGACUCCAAGCCAGAGAAAGCCGAUAUUCUAGAAAUUGCAGUGCAGUUCCUUAAACAACAGAUCUGCCGUUAUCCAAAUGAUAAUAAAACAGAAACGAGAAAUAACACCCUAGAAUACAGCCAUGGAUACUCCAAGUGUCUGCAUGAAACUCUCUCUUUUCUGUCCAUGCAUCGCAUCCAAGAGCACACACAAGUUAAACUGCUCAAUCAUUUCCACCAAUUCGAGUCUUAUCCUGAAGGCUGGAGCCAGCCCAGGAGGAACCUGAAAAACUCUUCUUACCAGAUGAAUGAAGCACUGCUAUCCACAAGCAGCAAGACCUUUUGGAGACCUUGGUAGAAGAACUUACGACAAGCUGACAUUUAACCCUAUCAUAUUGAUAUGGGCGCACACGCUAAUGAUGAAAUUAAGAGGAUAGUAUGAUUAUUGCAAUCAGUGUGAUCCUCUUUUCCAGUAGAGAUAAUGUCUCAAAUAAACUUCCUUAGUGGAAGGUCCUCUGAAUACAUUCAGGGUUUUCUUCAUAAUGAAGAUAUAGACGUUCAAAAAUAUUUAAACUCCGAGUGCCACAAGGUGGCGCAGUGGGGACAGUCAACUUCUUGCACCCCAGUUGUAAACUCCCAUUGAUUAUAGUUUAAUGAAAAACUUUGUUAAGGUUUAUACAUCUAUGGUGGUUGUUGAUUAGAU